AUGUUUGGCGCAGCUGGGUCAGGCGAGUCGGACGACGACAUGGCCUUUCUGACAAAGGCGCCCAAGAAGCGCGGAAAGAAGUCGGCGGGUGGGAAGAAGGGCAACGCAGGCGCAGGAAAGAAGGGCAAGGCAGGCGCUGGGAAGAAGGGCAAGACCAAGGCAGGAGGCGACAAGGCCCGAGGCAGCAAGGCCGGUGGCGGUGCCAAGGCUAAAAAGUCGUCGCAGGGCGGCGGCCUCUUUGACGAUCUCGACAACAUGUUUGACGAUGACGAGCCCGACAUCCUCGACUUUGGCACAAAGACAAAGGCAAAGACAAAGGCACAGGCAAAGGCAAAGGCACAGCCAGAGGAACUGCCCAAGAAGACCUCGGCCAACGGCAGAUCAAAGUCGCGCAGCAAAGCUGCGCGCAAGAUCAAGUCCAAGACUUCCAAGGCUGGGGCCAAGUCCAGGUCCAAGCCCCAGGCCAAGGUCGUCACGUUCGAGUCGGACGCCGACGAGUCGGAACCAGAGCCAGAGCCGGAGCCCGAGUCCGAACCCGAGCCCGAGUCCGAAGCCGAAGCCGAGUCCGAGCCCGAGCCCGAGUCCGAGCCGGUGAAGCCGAAGAAGAAGAAGAAGAAGGGUGCCGGCAAGGGCAAGAAGUCCAAGACGAGGUCCAAGAAGACAGCUACUGACAGAGGUAAGAAGAAGAAGGGCGGCAAAGAGUCCAAGCCCAGCAGAGUGGCCGAAGAAGACGACGACGAUGCCGGGGCCAGGGGCCCGAUCUCCAAGGACGAGCUGUUUUCCGGCGGCGGCGGCCUGUUUGGUGGCGGUGGCGGCGGUGGCGGUGGCGGCGGCCUGUUUGACGACGGUCUGUUUGCGCCUACCAAGCCCAAGGCCAAGAAGAAGAAGACCAAGGCGUCCAAGAAAAAGGGCGCCGUGUCGAAGAAAAAGGGCGUGGCUUCCAAGAAAGGCAAUGCGUCCAAGAAGAAGAGCAAGAAGAAGGGCAGCAAGUCGACCAAGACACCGGGCAAGGUCAAGACCGAAGCCGAAGAGUCGCUGGCGGCGCUUGGACUUGUCGACGACGGCGAUGGCAGUGCUCCGUCGGACGAGUACUACUCGGACGAUGACGGCGGCGCCAAGGCGACCGCUAAGACUCUGGCGGUCCAGGCUCAAGCGGUCCAGGCGGCCAAGAAGAGCGCUGUGACGGCCGAACCCGAGUACGAGUACUACUCGGAUGAAGAUCCGGUUGUGGCGGCCGUGAAGGCACCAGAGGGAUCCAGAGCCGGCCGCAGUAGCCCGUCAACGUCGACAGUGAGUCCAGCACUCGCUGCUGAGGCUCUCGCCACGUCCGAGGCAGAGCCGCAGGCAGAGCCGGUCCGUGGCAUGACCGACGCCGAGCGGAUUGCGGCGCUGGAGGCCGAGCUCGCGGCAGUGCGACCCAACGAAAUGUCGGCGACGGCGUCGACAGAGCUUGUGGGCAAGGUUGAGCCUGCAGCGUUUGGGUCGUCGAUCCGCGAGUACGGAUGCUACAGCUGCCGGACGACGUACGACGACUUAAGCAUCAAGUUCUGUUCUGGCUGCGGCGGCGAAUGCGGGGUGCUCAUUGCACCGCUGACGGUGUGCUCGGCGUGUGGGCGAGUGGCAAACAAGGACGCGCGGUUCUGCACCGAAUGUGGGUCAGGAGUGGUCGAGGCGUCGCAGCCGAAGUUUGAGUGCGCGAGCUGCACCCGCGAGCUCCCGAUGGGCAUCAAGUACUGCCAACACUGCGGUGGUGCGUGCCGGCCGGUGGCGCAGCUCUCGCGGCCGGUCAUCAUUGCCAAGCUCCGCGACCUCGAGUCGCAGUGGAAGACCAAACACUGGCUCCGCGAGGAGGCCGAGGCCAAGCUGGCACGGGUCGAGGGCCGUGCGCCGGCGGCUCGGGACGAGCUGGCUCUGGAAGAGUACGAGAAGCCUGUGCUCUCGGUCGAGACUGUGCUGCCGUACUACGCGCAGACAAUGCUGACGACGACGAACCGGUUGGUGGCAGACACGGCUCUGCCCGGUCUGCGCGGGCGUGCCGAGGCGGCGGCGGCGGCGGCGCGGGCAGCCAACGAGGCCGACGCCAAGCGCGCCGAGGACAAGGCGACCGCGAUGCUGUCAGCAACGGUGCUGCAGUCGGAGAUUGCCGCGCUGACUGCGGUCAUCAACGCGCUUGGCAAGGAGAUCCUCGACUGGCAGCAGGCGCUGCGGGUGCUGCCGACGCCGUCGGCGGCGGGCGAGGCCGACCGCGGAUCGCGGAGUGCCGCCGAGGCCUACGAGGCGCUGCGGGUGGCGCGGCUGGAGGCCGAGGCCGAGGCCCAGGACGCGCGUGAGGCUGCCGCCUUUGCGUCGCCGGCGCUCAAGCGGCGGAUCGAGCUUCCCGCUGAGACCUUUGUGAGCAGCGUUAGCGCGCCCGGCGCCCGCGACACGCUCUGGGUCUGCGAGUGCUCGUUCACCAACCCGGGCCUCGCCUCGCGGUGCCUCGAAUGCAUGGCGCGGCGGCCGUCAGCGGCGAACUUGGAGCUGCGGCGCGAGCUACUGGCGCCCGAGCGUGUCGCCCGUGACGCGGUCCUCGACUACGACCUGGAAGUCGAGCAGGAGAAGGCGCUGGCAGCGAUCGAGGCGGACCGUGUGUCUGCGGCAGUGGCGGCACGGGUGGCGGCCGAAAACAGGCUCCCGCCGCCGCCGCCUGAUCACGAGGACGAGUUCUACGCCGCGCACCCGGGUGCGGCGGCAACGUACAACGUGCGGUCGGUCUAUCCCUCGGUCGGCGAAGACGGCGAGCUGGAUGGCUCCGACGGCGACGAUGACGACAGCGCGGCGUGGGUCUGCAAUUGCUCGGCGGUGAACCCGGAGCGGGCGACCCGGUGCGUCUCGUGCUCAGGCCUCAAGUCGUAUUCGGUGGUGAGCACCCGUGCGACCGGCUCGGUCCUGGGCAUGCUCGGCGCCGACUCGUGGAAGUGCCGGUGCGGGACCAUCAACGUUUCGAGCGCAGGCAAGUGCGUCAUGUGCACCGCGGGCAAGGACUCGGUCCUCGACUGGAUCUGCGACUCGUGCCGCAACGCCAACCCUGCGUCGGCGUCGUCGUGCCUCCGGUGCUUUGCGCCGCUCAUCCGCUGCGGCAAGUGCACCCGUAAUCCUGCGGCCAAGUACUGCGACUACGGGCGGUGCUCGGCGUGCUGCCCGUCGUCGUCGGGUGUGGGGCGGCCGUGCUCGGCGAUUAACCACCGCGUGUAA